AUGGCGAGCCCGCGGGAACGGCGGCUUCCGCCCGCGCCCGCGUUCCGGAUGGAGAACCCCUUCAGCGUGAAGGUUCUCCAGGUCUUCACCGGCGCCGGCGUCGGCUGCGGCGUCGGGGUCGGCGUCGGCCGCCCCAUCUACCUAGGUAUGAUACCGGGCCUUCAGCAAGUCAUGAGUGCGACGAGAGGUGCAACCGAUUCUUUUUCUGGCGUCACGAGACAUGUUAAUGCUGCUAUAAGGAAGGCAGGGUUAAAGAAUGUUGAAGCGGGCAUUGGUUGCGGAGUUGGUAUUGGACAUGGUUUUGGAAUAGGAAUCGCCUUGAAACCACGCGUACUUCAUGGGAUUCAAUCAUCGAUUGCUGAAUUUAUGUCCAAGUUAACUUCAAAGCUGAAGGAUCCCUCUGGGGAGUCAGCUACGUCAAAUCCUACUGCUGGCCCGUUCCCUACCAAUGAACGAACGCUCAAUGGUAUGUCCAUGGAUCUAGAGGCUAAGGCAGUGAAAAGUAAUUUGCUCGAUACUUCAAGCAGUCAAAUACCAGAAGUACAACCAACUCAUGGACUGUAUGGCCAGCAUGGGAUGCAAUCAGAGUUAAUAACAGGAAGUCGAACUGAAAAGGUCAUUGCCAACUUUCUGCAGAGUCCAUUGUUCCAGAACGAUACAAACACCGGUAUCAGGGAUGCAGCUGUAAAUUUGCAUGGGAUGGAUAACGUACUUCAGUUGGUACUGAAGCACCAAAGAGUCAUCGAAGAAUUGCAAGAAGAGAAUGAAAAGCUGCGUCAGGUGCUCAUAGAGGAACUUAAGGUUUCACCAUUGAAAUUACAGCCGGAUCGAACAAAUGGAGUGAAGACCUAUAAUCCAUGCUCGGAGUGCUUUGACUGCCGCCGCCGAAGUCGGAAGUCAAACAGAUAGCGGCAGUUGCCCCUAGUUAUUUUUGGUAGAGUUUAGCUAUGUUUCCACUAGCUGAAGAUCUCACUGGAGCGACAGUAUUAGCCAAUCUGCAUGACAUCGACAAGAACCGCCACGCUAGCUCUUUUUGUUGAGGCACUCUCUCUGAUGUACAUUUGAACUCUGUUCUUUUGGCUCAGAAUAGGUGACUUUUAGCUGUGAUUGCCUUGAUUAUACUGAACCUACACGCUGAACUUUUUGUACAACGAGCGAUGUGGCAUGUGCACCAAAGUAAGACACAGGACAAUUGUAAUAGUCCUAUAAUUUUCUUUCUAUCUUUUCC